AUGCGUUGCAAGUUCUCUCGAGGACGCAUCAAAGCUGCGCCAUUGCGCGGCGAGCCGAUUUUCCAGCUUUCGUUGCUUUUCCUUCCACCGACCGCCGAACGCGAUGAUUCAAAGAACAACGCCGAGAACAAUAACGAUUCGGAAUGCAAGAACAUGAUGCAGAAAGUGGGUUACUGCGACUUUAAGACAUAUGUCAAAGUUCUCGAAAAAUUUAUUUUUAAUACGGAAAAAUUGGGAAUCGAUGGAUUGGCAAAACAAUAUAGAAAACUAGAAUCUCAAGGAGAUGUUUCGCUAACAUUCGAUGCUUUUAAGCAGAAUAUGACGAAAAAUAGAUAUUCCGAUGUGAUAUGCCGCGAUUCGACGCGUGUGAAGCUUUUAAUUGAUUCAACUCAACAAGGUGAUUAUAUUCAUGCAAACUAUGUCAACUCGAAAGUGCUUCGUAACACUUAUAUAUGCACUCAGGGACCACUUCAAACUACAAUAUCUGAUUUUUGGCGGAUGGUCUUUCAAGAACGGACCACUUCGAUUUUGAUGCUCUGCCGGCCGAUAGAAGAAGGCCGUCCGAAAUGUGUGGUCUAUUGGCCGGAUGAAGGUCAAGAAUUGUGCUAUGGUUGCAUUCGAGUAUUGAACAAGUGCGAGAAAAUGGAUGAUUCAAACAGUUUUGAAACUGUCAAUUUGGUUGUCAAUUUCGAAGGAACCGCCAUUCCAGAGAAAGAGCAGCCGAAUGAUAAAUCAGAAUUGAACGUGACUCUUAUUAAAUGGCCAAACUGGCCAGAUCGCGGAGUUCCUGAUGAGAAAUGCCAUACGGUGCCGCACAAGCUUCUCGCGAUGGUUAGACAUGGUCCAUGUGUGGUACAUUGCUCGGCUGGAAUCGGACGCACUGGAUGUAUGAUUGCUCUUGAAUUCGCGCAUCGAAUGCUCUCACAAGGAGAAUAUGUCGACUUUGAGAAGAUUGCCCUCGAAUUGCGAAAACAGCGGGCGCAGUGCAUUCAAACCGAAGUGCAGUAUCUGUAUAUUCAUCGCGUGAUGGUUGCGUUUGCUCGCGGUGAGAACGGAAUCUCAGCCGAUGCACAGACGGCUGCCGAUAACUUCUUGCGCAGUUAUGAUGAGCACUUGAAGCGCUAA